AUGUCGAAAACCCCCCAGACCGGGAUGAACGUGUCCCUGUUGACCAAGAGCAACAACCGGUUCGAAGGACGCUUCCUGAGAUUCGAUCCGGACCGAUACUCCAUAAUUUUGACGUCGGUCCGCUGCUUCGGCACGGAGAGCAGACCGUCCCCGCGUCCCAUGGCACCGUCUCCGGACAUUUUCAGCUUCAUGGAGUUUCGAUGCGUUGACGUUUUGGACUGCGAACCGAUCGUACCGGAACACACUUUGUUUUAUCACGAUCCGGCUGUCGUUAUGGUGAUUAAAAAUUCGAGUGCUGGAGCGGAUUAUUCGGCUGACACGUCGGAACAGGAGGAGAAUCAUUUCGGAGCGAUCGGAGCUGAGAGGAACAGAUUUAAAGCCGCAAAAGAGAACUGCGUACGAAGAAGUUUCUGA